AUGAUAAAUAACAAUGCGACAAUUGCAGCUGAAAAUUUUACAGUAACUGAUUCAACAUUAUGGACAACAACUUCGGAAAAUGGUAAGUCAAGAGAUCGCUGCAAGACCUGCGUUUGAAAUUUGGGUGCGCUUUUAAAAUUAUAUUUUAGCUCUAGUAUGAACAUGAGUAAUGACGUUACAUGAGUAAUGACGUUGUUUUGGAUUUCUUAGAAAUUGUUCGUUUUAUUCUUGCGCUUCAAGAUUUUUGUAAUAUAAGCAAUAUUGUAAAAUAACAUGAGAAAUCUCUGAUUUUUCCACAACUAAGUUUUAUGCCGAAUUCCAGAAACCGCGACAAUUGGAACAUCGGAUACACAAUAUGAUCUUUUAUCAUUGAAAUCCGAAACUUGUGAAGAUUUCACUGGACAAGAAAUGACAGCUGAAGAAAAAGAAUGGCUAGAAUUGGCCAAAGAAUUCACGCGAAACGAGAAACCCUAUAAAAAAUCGAGUAUUGUGAGUUGAUUAACCAUUCCCUAAUUAGCCAAGUUAUCAAAUAUUGAGGGUCGAAAGGUUGUUCGAAAACUUCACUCAUAUAUUCCAAUUCAAAACAAACUCUCAUUCACAGUUUUGCGUAGAAAAGUGAGUUACCAAAAAAACAUUUUGGGAUUUUUUUAAAACUAAAAACAUCUAGAUUUCUAGUUUAAUGGACGACAAGACAUCAGAGACGAAGCAUAA